ACUGUCCAUAAGGCACGGUCUCGCUGCCCCAAGGCAACAUCAAACAAAGAUGGCGGUUGAAGCAAGCAAUACAAGUUUUUUCCCAUCCGGUAAAGAGAACAUGCUUCACGACUUCGUGGGAGUACCUGAUAAUAAGAAGGUGGAAAAUCAUUUAUUGGAUACUAACAUUUACACUACUAUUGGAGAAAACGAACUCCUCCAUGUUAGGCCUUGCAUUAUUCAUUUUGAUGGAUUCGAAGCUGGUGGAAGGUAUCUUCGAAAACUGAGAAUUAUAAAUGCGUCUGGAGAAUGCCAGAGAAUGCAUAUCAUACCACCUUCCACAGAUGUCUUUAAAAUAAAAUACAAAAAAACGGAAUCAUUUGUUCCUGGCAUGUACUUGGAAGUAUUGAUUGAAUUCGCGCCAACAGAAAACAGAUACCAUUGCGAUUGUAUUCAAAUUCAUACCAAGGGAACAUGCAAUCUGAUUGUGCCAAUCCAUGCCUACUUAGUAAUGAACAUUUCUUCCUCGUUUCCCAGCAAAAUAAAUUUCCAACCCACUCAUGUUGGUCAGACUGUGGUGAAGAAAAUUGUAUUUAAAAAUAAUGCAGCAGCUGAUUUUGAUUUUCAAAUUGGAUUUGUUCAGAAACAGUCUGUGUUUAGUGUAGAACCAACUUCAGGAUUAAUACCAGCACAUAAGCAUGUUGAUAUCUUUGUUUCUUACACACCUAUGGAAUAUUGCACUACGUGUGCUAAAAUACAGGUUAUGGUGUCACAAUUUAAUUAUCAACCUUUCUACUGCUCGUUAACAGGCUCCUCACAACCAGGUCUUGCUUCCAGGCAAGUAAAAAUGGAAACAUUUGCAAAAGUAAAGUUACAGCAAAUAAAAGAAACCCUUACAGGUAAAACAAGAGUACAAAGUCCACUGGAACGAUCCAGAACCAAGAAACAAACUGACAGUGCAGGGCUGAAUGGACAUCGAGAAGAAGACACGAAAGAAAUUAUCAAGGAUGGGAUUCGUUUCCCGAGAAAUUUAAACAAUCCUUCAGCAGUAGCUUAUGUGUUGACACAACAACCUGGUAAAAUGAAAGCCAAAGAUUUAAAAGAUGCAGUAAGAUGUAGAAGUGAGCCUAUUUCAAACACAAAGCAAAUGAAGGAGGCGAUAUUUGAUCAUUUGGUGUGCAAAAAUAUGUCAGAAGAACAAAGAAACCAACUUCGGUGGUGUGUGAAAGUAGGCGAAGGUGCUACAACUGACUUAUUCCGCAAAAAGACAAUUGAAGAUAGAGAAAAAACAAUACAAAAAUAUAAGUUUAUUAGAGGAGAUCCCCAAUUAGAUGUCGAAUUUAACAGAAUGUCAACCAUUAAAAACACCAGGAGAAUCAGAAGGGUUGCCAAUGAGCAAACUGAAGCGUUGCCAACUUUCGAUUUGUAUUUGAAUGAUGACUGGAGGCAAAGAUAUAUGGUUUUAAAACGAUUUAUCCACGCUGCUAGAAAGGUCAUCGUUCGUUUGAGAGCUGUUAAAAAUUUAAACUCGAUCAGCAAACAUCUUGAUGAUUGGAGGCGUGGCCAAUUCAUUUCUGCACCUACCAAAUGUCACGAAGACAAAAACAAAGAGCAAGUUAUCGUGGCCAACUUGUCAACGGAAUUUAAUGGAAGCAGAAUAAGCCCUUUUGCAUUUCCUGUGUACAAGGAUCCCAAUGAAAAAGAUGACAUGGCUGUUGAUGCACUAGGUGUUGUACCAGUGGCUUCUACGAGCGUUGUCGUAAAAAGUCAAAUUGAAACGUACAGCUUAAAGGUCCCUCAACAAUAUAAAAUUCUGUCAUAUGAUAAACAACCGUUCACUAGUGUUGUAUAUAGAUAUGUACCAAAAUGUUUGGUACGAAGAUUGAGAACUGGCGCAGAGAGUGAAAUUACGCAAGUUAAAUACGAAUCAACAAAUAAAUUAACGCUGAAAGAAAGAAACACACUAGAAGAUGUUCAGUUACUCGAUAUUACGACACAUCGUGUUACUGCUCCAUCAAUUUUCUUACAACAGAAGCAAUUUCAUCCCUUGCACGUAUUUAAUCCUUUACCAGGCGUUCAGGCUUAUCCACAGCGUCUUCCUUACUCAGAAGUAGAUGACGAUUAUCAAUUGAAUCCUUUGCCGCGUACGGAACCAGGAAGACUUGACCGACAUGAUGUUAUACCUGGACUGAUGUCAUGGAAAAGGUUUCCAUCGCAUGGACUAGUUGUGAUGAAUGGACCUAGCUUGUGUAAUGUGUAUGUUCCGCGUUGGACUGACCCAUUUGGAGAAGAACUUACAUCAAGUAGCCCUCCUCCGUUGUUGCCAGAUUUACCAGAUGAGGAUGUUUUGGAAAGUGACGACGAGGACACUGAUUCACCUGUCGUUGUUCCAACAAUGGAAAUGCUUAAAGCAGAAUUUAAGAUGGCAGACGAUCUUCGAGUAGAGGAAGAUGAUUCCGAAGAUAAAAGUCCAUCGUUUCCAUUAUCCCUCGCUUUGCCAGGUAAUAAUAAUCCACAAUCGAAACUCGGCAUGGUUAGCAGGGACAAGCUGGUAUCGGAUUUGGAUUUUUACCUACGCAAGAAGGAGAAUAACGUGGGAGAAAGAAUAAAAUCACAAAUUGAAUCCACACGCAGAAAUUUAGAUCUGAAAUAAAGAGAUGUACAGAGUUUGAUUAUUGUUGUAAAUACAUAUAAUAUAUUUUUUUAAAUUUA